AUGAGGGAUCUAUGCAUCCCCUUGGAGACGUACGCGUACGACCAAGAAUUUGCAUGCGCUCUGUUGAUCGGGCUGCUGGAACCGACUUUGAAAAGGUAUGGAAUCAAGCUUACAGAUGCACCGGAUGCUACGAGCGGCGAAGCCGCAAAAAGUGGCACAGGCGCAGCGGCUCCCAGCGCGGAUGCUAUCUCAAUAAGUGACAGUGAUACAGCGCUCCAGGAAGAAAAGGUCCCUUCUCCCCACGAACCAGAACCUAUUGACAGUUCACCAUCGACCGACAAAGAAGCACCGAGUCAAGCUGGCAAGAUCUAUGGAGAGAUGAUUUCUGAACUGGUGCAAAACCUUUGGCGGGUGUGUAAGGAAGACUGUGAGGUAAGGUUGAGAGCAAAAAUUGAAGAAAAGCAGCAGCAGGUGACUGCUCGAGUGGAAGCUGUGCAAGCUCUGCGAGUUCGUGCUGUUCGAGCCAUCAUGGAAGUAGAUGGUGCUCAAGUUUCAAGCUUCAACCCGUCAGCUCCCGAUGACAGUAACAAUGUGCUUCUAUACGAGGCGUCUUGCAUGGUGAACGGCAUUCCCGUCACACUUCACGUCACCUAUGGCAAUUUGAUUUAUCGGACAAUGGUGCCCGUUUUCGCGCGCACGACGGUGGUGCCAUUCGAGGAUGUCGUAAACGUUGCCCAAACCACUUCGUUUGGUAUCCAGGUUGUAUCGAUGGGGUUGGACACAACAAAGCAUACGAAAGGGAUAACAAUCGCCAUGGGACUCGAAGUUGACUUGCUGUUUCAACUUCUGCACGAGAUCUUUUCAAUGCACCAACGCGAGAUCAGGGCAAGCAUCACCGCCUUGCCACCUCUUCAGCAGCAGGAAACUGAGAAGAACCCGGCCGAGCUGCAGAAGAUCUUAUGCUCCGAGGAAGAGGAGACCAAGGAGGACGAA